UUUGAGAACACAAUUUCAAAGUCAAGGCGUGGAAGCAGCAACUUAAAUCUUUCAUCGUCGAUCGCCUAGAAGUUUCACUUCCGUCCUUACCCAAAUUUUCUCGAGCAUUCAAUUGGGUUCACUUCUUCGUUUCAGCUGAAUUCCUCUUCCUUUCACUCAGAAACUCAUGGCAGAGCUAGUUGGUGGAGCAUUUCUCUCUGCAACCCUUCAGGUGGCUUUUGAUAGAUUGGCUUCUCGCGAUAUACUUGACUACUUCCGUGGCAGAAAACUCAAUGAGGGCUUGCUCAAAAGGCUUCACAUCACCCUUAUAUCUAUUAACCAAGUUCUUGAAGAUGCGGAGGAAAGUCAGUACAGAAACCCCAAUGUGAAGCAGUGGCUUGAUGAGCUUAAAGAUGCUGUCUUUAUUGCUGAGGACCUCCUGGAUGAGAUUGCAACUGAGGCAUCGCGACAAAAGCUGGAAUCUGAAUAUCGAGCCAACACGAGUAAGGUACGAGAAGUUUUAACCUCUUUUGUUAAUUCGUUUAACAAUGAAAUAGAAUCAAGGAUCAUACAAGUGCUUCAAAACCUAGAGUUCCUAGCAAAGCAAAAAGAUGUGCUGGGAUUGAAGGAACGCUUUGGUGCUGGUGGUGAUACAGGUGUGGGUAGAAAGCUGUUAAAUAAACUGCCAACAACAUCUUUAAUUGAUGAAUCUAUCAUGUAUGGUAGAGAUGUUGAUAAAGAGGCAUUAUUUCAGAUUCUCUUGUCAAGCAAAAUGAGUAGCAGCGAGCCGCCUAUGCAAGUAAUUACUAUCGUGGGUAUGGGUGGUGUGGGUAAGACCACCCUUGCGCAGCUUGUGUACAAUGACAACAGGAUGGAGGAUCUGUUUCAACUUAAAGCUUGGGUGUGUGUUUCAGAAGAAUUCAAUGUUGUUCAAGUCACAAAAGCAAUUCUUGAAGCAGUUGCUUGUUCCACUAAAGAGUCCAAUGACUUGAAUUUGCUUCAACUUCAGUUAAGGGAAAGAUUGAUGGGGAAGAAACUUUUCCUUGUUCUCGAUGAUGUUUGGAAUGAGAAUCGUACAACUUGGGAGAUCUUGCAAGCUCCCUUCAACUAUGGAACUCUAGGAAGUAAAAUUUUUGUAACAACUCGCAAUAAAAAGGUAGCAUCAGUUAUGCACUCUGCGCAUAUACAUCAUUUAAAACCUUUAGCAGAAGAAGAUUCUUGGAAAUUAUUUGCAAAGCAUGCAUUUAAUGACCAACGUAGUGGUAUGGAUUCAAAUCUUGUAUCAAUUGGUAGAAAAAUUGUCAAGAAAUGCGGAGGAUUGCCUUUAGCAAUAAAAACUUUAGGUAGCAUGUUGCACAGAGGACAAUCUUGUCAGGAAUGGGCUAAUAUAUUAGAGAGUGAUAUAUGGCAUUUAUCAGAGGAUGACAGCAACAUAAUUCUAGCUUUAAGAUUGAGUUACCAUUACCUACCUUCAAAUCUGAAAUGUUGUUUUUCUUUUUGCUCUGUCUUUCCAAAAGAUUAUGAGAUAGACAAGGAUCUCUUAAUCCAGUUGUGGAUGGCAGAAGGUUUAGUGCAUUCUUGGCGAAAAGACCAAAGCAUUGAGGAAGUGGGCAAUGAAUUCUUCAAUGAUCUGGAGUCAAGAUCAUUUUUUGAGCCAUCAAGGAGAAGAAAUGGUCGAUACUUCAUUAUGCAUGACCUUUUGAAUGAUUUAGCAAAAUCAGUGAUGGGAGAAUUUUGUUUUCUGCUGGACAGCAACUCUUCACAAAAGUGAAGACUCGCUACUUUUCAUACUUGAGCACAAAUGAUCUCAAAUACGUUGACAGUACUAUUUUCAAUUGUAACCAUUUACGCAGCUUCCUGCCACUUAAGCUCAAUAACCCUAUCAGUUGUAAUGUGAUGGGUAAUCUCUUUUCUAGACUUGAUUGUCUCAAGUAUUUGCGAAUGUUAUCUUUGUCUGGGUACAAGAAUGUCAAAGAGCUUGUGAAUGAUUUGAGUAAUUUAAAACAUCUACGUUAUCUUGAUAUUUCUUUCACUUCAAUUAAAGAGUUGUCUAAUUCAAUCUGUUUGCUGAUUAAUUUGCAAACGUUGAAAUUAGUCAACUGUUGUCACUUGACUGAAUUGCCUUCAGAUUUGCACAAGCUCAUCAAUUUGCGUCAUCUUGAUUUGCGUGGGACCAGCAUACAAAAGAUGCCUGAGCAUAUGGGAAAGCUAGAACAUCUUCGAACAUUAACUUGUUUUGUCGUGGGAAAAAAUAGAGGAUCUGAUAUGAAGGAGUUUGGGAAGUUAAGCUAUCUAAGAGGUACAAUAUCUAUUCUAAUCCUAGACAGUGUCAUUGAUCCUAUAGAUGCCAAGGAGGCCAAUAUGAAAGAGAAGAAAUAUUUGGAAGAAUUAGUGUUGGAAUGGUGUAAAAGCAAUGAAGAUUCACAGCACGAAAGGUGCAUCUUGGAGUCUUUCCAACCUAACAAGAAUCUGAAAAAGCUCACUAUUAAUUUCUAUAAUGGAACUAGAUUUCCGAAUUGGUUCGAGGCUCCUUAUUUACCUUGUUUAGUGUCUCUUCAGCUGAGUGGAAGUAACUAUUGUUUUUGUUUGCCACCCCUCGGACAGCUACCCUGUCUCAAGCAGCUCCAAAUCUACAAGUUUGUUGAAAUAGAACUGAUUGGACCUGAAUUUUAUGGGGAUAGUUCAUCAGGUGCUCCAUUUAGAUGCCUGGAAUGUUUAACAUUUUCACACAUGAAACAAUGGGAAGAAUGGAAUACAUGUUAUGAAGGUGAAAGUUUCCCGUGUCUUCAAGAGCUUCAAAUAUGGAAUUGUCGCAAGUUGAGAAAGUCCUUGCCUCAAUUUCUUCCUUCUCUGAAAAUUCUAAAUAUUGGCAACUGUGAAAAUCUUGAGGCUCCACUUCCCAACGCCUUUCCCUUGGACCAGCUUAUGUUAAGCAAUUGUAAGAUUUCACUGCACGAUGUGCCAAACAGCUUGACAAGCAUGUCCAUGUCCGCAAUUAGAAUUAAUGAGUCCUGCCUGAACCAUAUUCUGCUCAAUAACCCAUCUCUUGGACAACUGUACCUGAGUAGUUGUGAUGAACUUGUGUCACCCUCUAUAAGUGGGAUUGGAUUUUCAACUUCCAAGCUUACUUCCAUGUUCUUUGAUAAGUUGAGUAAUCUAAAGUCACUUCCUGAUGACAUGCAUAUCAUUUUUCCAUAUCUUCAUUCUUUGACAUUGUGGGACUGUCCAGAGCUAGAAUCACUUCCCCAAGAAGGUUUGCCUCCAAGCCUUGUUGAACUUACAAUCAUCCGUUGCCCCAAACUCUUUGCUUCCCGCUUGAGGUGGGGCUUGCACAAGCUUUUUUCUCUACGACACAUCACUUUUAGUGUUGAGUUAGAGAGUGAGGAGUCAUUCCCAGAGGAAGCAUUGCUCCCACCUAAUGUCACAUCUCUCACCAUGAAAAAUUGCUCAAAUCUAAAAUCAAUAAAUUACAAGGGUCUUCUCCACCUCAAGUUUCUUGAAUCCUUGUGUGUUUGGGAUUGCCCCUUAUUGUGUCUCCAAGGCUUGCUAGAGAAGGGUCUACCCAAGUCGCUUUUGCGGUUAGAAAUUUGGGGCAAUUGUCCAUUGCUUAAGGAGCAGUUCCAAGAGGAGAAAGGACAAGGGUGGCCUGAACUUUCUCACAUCCCUCAUGUGUGCAUUCAUUAGAUAGAGAUUCUUAAAGAUACUUGAACAUUGGUUCUUGUGAUUUCAAAGGGAAAGGUCCUGUUAGUGCACUAAAGUCCACGCUGGAUAUUGAACCUAUUAUCUCAGAAUGUUCUAAACCCAGCUCACGUGCUAUAUUAAUGGGGAGUAGUCUAACAUACUACAAACCCAAGCAGGAGGGGAAUGCAGUAGUGAUAGAAUGAAAUGGUUCUAUUUGCUUCUGCAGUGUAGUUAUCAAUGUUGUCAAAACUGGACUAGGUAUUAAACUGGUUAUGGUACUAGUUCAUUGAGCUGUGAUCAGAUCGUGGUUCGACCAGUCUCAAUUUAAGUCUAAUUUUCUUGUCUUUUCUUUCCAUAACAGAAGUUGCUCACAAAAGUUCAGUCAAUUCCACCUGCAAGGGCGUGCAAUGUUGAAUGCUAAUCCAGGUCUCUUAUUCACAUUAAUUGACGACGGAUAGAUCAAAGAUUAUGUUUAUUAUCAAUCCAUAGUGACUUUUUCCCCUUUUUGGUUAAAGGCUAAAGUGAACUCUGACUAUAUUUUAUAGCCAAUCCCAAGUCUAGAUAAAGAAAGAAGGUUGUAUUAGGACUCAACAACCAACAUAAAAUUCUGUCAAAUUUCACAUGAAUAUGGACAAUAAACUUUUUUUAUUGUUGUUGGUUAUUAAAAGAGGCCUAACAGCUGGUUCAUCGAUAGAUGAGUUGUUUAGUCGUAUAGUUCAUUAUUCAAACUUCUGAACAUCAUGACUUGUUCCAAGUUGUUUUUACCUUUUGGCAAAGAUUUAUUUUGCGUU